AUGUGCAGGCACGGAAGCAGUGUUGUUCUCAUUGGGGUGGAGCAGGGGCAGGAGGUCUCCCUCGAGGGAGCAACCGCCCUCUGGGAAGACCUAUUCGAAGGUCGCAGCGCGACAGCGGUCGAGAAGGAGACGCUGAAGUACGUUCUCGGCAACCAUCAGUUUACCAGCAAAGCACGGAGAUUCCUGGAAUCAAAGCUGGGCGCAAAGUCAGCCAGCUUGUAUUACAAGACCAUCGCCCGGGUGCAAUACGACCGCCAACUUCUGGACAAAGCGGAGCAGUUUGCCAGCAGUGGCAAUAUCUCUUACGAGGAGGCCAUCGAACUCUGGGAAGCAGUCCAGGAUGGUUCUGAAAUCACGGACUGCGAGAUUCGAACCCUCCAGUACAUCAUCGAUAACUUGUCGAUCAGCCAGAAGGCUCAGGAGUACUUGGAAGAGCGGUUAGCUCCUGGAUCAUCGCUUGCAGCGCCAGCAGAGCUCUCCACGCCAAAGCGUGCCCAGCCUUCCAGUCCGGUAGAUGUGCCCUCUGCAUCACCAGCUCCACGCCAAGCGUCCAAAGCCACGUCGCCAGCGACGCCCCGUGGGCGAGGCUUUGGCCGAGCCUCUCCGAAAACGACACCACGCGGUCGUGGGCGAAGUGCAACGCCCAAGGCCUCACCCAAGGCGAAGGCACCCUCCACUCCGGUGCGAGCGAGCACUGCAUCAGCAGCGGUGCAGACGACACCUGCGCUGACAAGAUCUCAGGGUGAGGCCGCCAAGGCCACCCCGAAGGCCACACCCAAGGCCACGCCCAAGGCCACGCCCAAGGCCACGCCCAAGAGCUCUGCGAAGUCUGCGACACAGGCUGAAGAUGAGCCUGAGCCGACGGAGCCCGCACCGGCAGAGCCUACGCCAAGAUCUGCUCGUUCCAGAUCGCCGGCACAAGCUACUCCACCGAAGGCCACGCCACCUAAGUCCACCCCUCCCAAAGCCUCACCCAAGAAGGCCAGCCCGAAGGCGACGCCGAAGCCCGAACCCCCAACACCUCAAGCGACUCCGAAAGCUGCUCCCAAGCAGUCGCCCAAAGAAAGCCCGGUGCAGGACAAGGCGUCGCCACCGGCGGUCCCAAACGGCCCAGGCCCAAGCCCACCCCGCGAGGCGCCUCGAGCGCCGGGGCCCUCUACCCCAGAGGCGAAGGUGAGAAAGCAAAGCAGCCCACCGCCGAAAGCAGUUCCGGAGGCAGGGCAGGUGCAGGCGCAAGCGAGACACCUCUCCAUGUUCAGUGUAUAUGCAGGCUGGCAAUGCAGCACCAUCAGAGCUGGAGGCGGCGGGAGAAAAGCCUAA